ACUUGUUCAGUUGCGAUCUAGCGAUCAUUAAUUCUCUCAGUAUUUACUGUUCAUUAACAACACAUUUGUUGUACGUACACACAUGUGUGCGUGUGCGGACGGCGAGAGAUAUUCAAAAUUUUUGGUGAUCUAUUGUAAAAUCUUUUACGUUGCAUCUUUAUGAACGUGUCAAAAAUUCAAGUGAACAAAUAACAACAAACUGAGAUCAAGUUCCAACAAUUAAUCGUAAUUGAUACCAACAACAGCAACCAAACAAAAUAAAAAUCAGCUACAACAACAAUAACAACAACAUCUUUUGCACCGCUGUUUCGCGCCCGCCCCCUCAUCCCACCACGUUCGUGUGUUGUGUGCAGUGUCGUUUAGCUCCUCACAAAAGCCAACAGCGCAUAAAAUACAUAACAUAGCAAAGGAAUAUAUAAAUAAAAUUACAAAUUAAAUAAAUAAACUGUUAAGCAAUUAAUUUGAAAAGUAAUUAAAGUCAAAAUCUUGGCUAAUUAUAUCGUUUAUAUCAAGAAGUGAAAUUGAAAUUAUUUCAGUGUCAGCGCAAGCAUUUAUAACCGAACUGGUUGCUCUAUAAAUACACCAAUCGAGCUAUAUAGCCACUUAUAGAUAUAUAUGAAUACAUGCAUAGUUUGCUGAAUUUGCAUAUCUAUACAAUUGUUUGAGUUAAUUUUCAAUAUAUUUCGGCUGUUAUUGUGUAUGUGUUUUUCGUGUUUUGUUUCGUUUCAUUUCGUAUAUGGCGCAAUUACUUCGUGUUACUUAUUACACAUAUAAGUAGUUCUCUCUUAUCGCGAGAUAUACAAAAACAAGAAAGAAAUACAUCAAUUUAAAUAUUCAACGAAAGCUGCUACACGAACGCGCCAGCAAACAAAGCCGGCUCACAUGUGUGGGUUUCUCUAAAGUGGGUAGCGACCAUGAUGUCCUGCCCCCUUCCUAUGUCAUUACCAAUACCAAUACCUUCAAUACACAAAGCUGAAUUCACACCGGUUCACAUUGGAGUCAAGCGCGGAAGCGACGAACUUUUGAGUCAAGCAGCAGUUAUGGCGCCUGCUUCCGACAAUAAUAAUCAGGAUCUGGCCACAAAGAAGGCCAAACUGGAUUCGAGUACCGUAUUGGCCGGCGGAAUUGCCAAGGCCUCAAAAGUCAUUCACUUGCGCAACAUUCCAAACGAAUCUGGGGAAUCGGACGUAGUUGCACUUGGAAUACCAUUUGGACGUGUCACCAAUGUCCUCGUGCUGAAGGGCAAGAAUCAAGCAUUUAUCGAAAUGGCCGACGAGAUAUCCGCCACAUCGAUGGUAUCCUGUUAUACAGUGAACCCUCCACAGAUGCGCGGUCGCAUGGUCUAUGUUCAGUUCUCCAAUCAUCGCGAGCUCAAGACGGAUCAAAGUCAUAAUCAGAACUCGUCGGUGGUGCAAAGCGACUAUCGCAUUCAAUCGCCCGCCGGUGGAUCACCAUUGCCGCUGUGCGCCGUUGGCAAUGCGAGCACCAACAAUGCCAACAACACCGGCGACAACAACUGCAGCACUGUGGCAAUCUUGCAGAACAACACGAGUGCGGUGAAUGCGUCAUCAGCUGGCAACAACACCAAUGCAGCCGGCGGACCCAACACCGUGUUGCGUGUGAUUGUCGAGACACUGAUGUACCCCGUAUCGUUGGACAUAUUGCAUCAGAUAUUCCAGCGGUUCGGCAAGGUGCUCAAAAUUGUCACCUUCACCAAGAACAAUUCAUUCCAGGCUCUCAUCCAGUAUCCGGAUGCACACUCGGCACAGCAGGCCAAGUCUAUAUUGGAUGGCCAGAAUAUCUACAAUGGGUGCUGCACUUUGCGUAUUGACAACAGCAAACUGACCGCCUUGAAUGUCAAGUACAACAAUGACAAGUCGAGGGAUUUCACGAAUCCGGCGCUGCCACCUGGCGAGCCCGGCGUUGAUCUCAUGCCCACCGCCGGAGGCCUAAUGAACACCAAUGAUCUGCUCUUGAUCGCCGCCCGCCAGCGGCCCUCACUAACAGGUGAUAAAAUAGUCAACGGUCUGGGCGCACCCGGCGUGCUGCCGCCUUUCGCUCUGGGUCUGGGCACACCACUGACCGGUGGCUACAGCAACGCCCUGCCCAAUUUGGCCGCCUUCUCGUUGGCCAACAGCGGUGCCCUUCAAACUGCCGCCCCCGCCAUGCGCGGCUACUCGAAUGUGCUGCUGGUUUCGAAUUUAAAUGAGGAGAUGGUCACGCCUGAUGCUCUAUUUACCCUCUUUGGUGUAUACGGCGAUGUGCAACGUGUAAAGAUUUUAUACAACAAAAAGGACUCGGCACUCAUACAAAUGGCGGAGCCGCAGCAAGCUUAUUUGGCCAUGUCUCACCUUGAUAAAUUACGUUUAUGGGGCAAGCCAAUACGUGUCAUGGCCAGCAAACAUCAGGCCGUGCAGCUGCCAAAAGAAGGACAGCCGGACGCGGGCCUAACACGUGACUAUUCACAGAAUCCGUUGCAUCGUUUCAAGAAGCCCGGCAGCAAGAACUAUCAAAACAUCUACCCGCCAUCGGCGACACUGCAUUUAAGUAACAUUCCCUCAUCCUGCACUGAGGAUGACAUCAAAGAAGCCUUCACCUCCAACAACUUUGAAGUCAAAGCAUUCAAGUUUUUCCCCAAGGACCGCAAGAUGGCGUUGCUGCAACUGUCAUCAGUAGAGGAGGCCGUGUUGGCGCUGAUCAAAAUGCACAAUCAUCAGCUGUCGGAGUCCAAUCAUUUGCGUGUGAGCUUCUCCAAGUCGAACAUCUAGAAUCCGACCCGGGGUCAGGUUCACUGAACUUGACUGAGUGCCAACAACAGCUAUCCGCUACGGCAGCAGUUCUUUUGGCAGCAACAGAUACAAUCUAUAAUUCGUAGUACAAGCGGCGUGCAGGGCAAUCGCCACAACACCCACUUCAACUUGAACUUCAACUGACAGGCAACAGCAAAAGCAACAGCAACAGCAACAGCAACAGCAACAAAUGAACAAAGCCCAACCAAUCCCAACCCAUCAAGAAACAGCAGCAACAAUCGAUGCAAGAGCUAUAGCUAAUCUAUAUACACAACAUAGAAAUUCUUAAAUUAAAUUUAAAAAAUAACAUAACUGUUUUCAUUAUUGAUCAUAACUCUAAUUGCAGAAAUUCUAAAAGAAAUUCAAAAACUACAAUUAAUUAUACAAUCAAAUACGAGUACAUGCUACACUUCUACUUAUAUGAAAGAAUACCAAUUUAAAUGUUUGCCAAAAGUGCAGCAUGAAAAACACAAAAACACAAGAAAAUAAAAAAUAAACAAACAACAAAACAGAUUUAAAAGAAAGCAAAAGAAAUAAAGAAAGAGCCCACUAAACAAUCAGCGACGUCGUAUAAUCAUAAGCUUAAAAUUAAAACUAAAUAUAUAUAUAUAUAUAGUCGAUAAGUCUAGUAAGAUGCAUUGAGAAACAAAAACAAGAAAAAAAAAACAAAUAGUUGUAAUUUGAGUGCACUGUACUGUGUUUUGGUUUUAAAAAACAACAGCAGAGAGUCAAAACAAAACAAAAUCGACAACAAAAUUUAUGUUAUCAAACAAAAAAAAAAAUGAGGAAAUAAGCAACAUUUUAUUAUGUACGAGUAUUUACUGUUAUUAUAUUUUAAGUGAUUGAAAUUUGAUUAAUUGAUAAUCCUGAUUUUUACAAACAAACUACAGAAGAGUUGAACUUGAAUGGCUUGCGAGCAUUUAAGAAGUUUUUAAAUGUUUUUUUUUUUCAUUUUGUUAGUAGUGCGUAAUGUUAAAAUUAAAUCUCAAUAUUAGAUCAACAACGUGCACACUAAAUCCUAAGUGUACUCGUAAUUGAAAAGCCAAGCAAAUGGCGCUGAGAAAUGUAUUACAUUUAAUAUUAACAUUAAAUAAAAUCAAACUAUUCGGGCGUGUGAAGAGAUCCCAUCAU